AAAAAAACAACAUGGCGAACCCAUAUUCCAAGAUGGCGACGGCGAAAUCGCUGAACUCUUACAUCGGCAGUCCACAAAUCAGUAGGUGACGUCACGAUGACUCCACUUCUUCGUCUACGUUUUCACUUAACCGAGUGCUGACGUCAGGUGACAACACCAUGCUAAAGUCUCCGUCCUGGCCAAUCAGCGUAGAGUCCUACCGACUCUUGUAAAGAUGGCGACGGCGAGCAACAGAGGAGUGAAAGCUGGACGCUUUACCGUUAUUAAACACCGCUGGUUCCGACAAUGUGAGAAUUGAUACAGCAGCGGGAGCGAAAGUUAAGCGACACGUUUGUCAGCAGCAGUGAGCUUUUUGGAGCUGCGCGCCGUGCUUUUUGUUUUCGGUUAGACUGCCGUUGCCUUGGAUAGCUCAUUAGCUUCAACUUGGAAAGCGAAGGCUAGCGCAGAGCUAACCUAGCUGUGUUGCUCCACCGGCUGCUGGGAACUCUGUAAUACACUCUGUAAUACAUUCAUGGCUUGAACCGGACUGCAUGUGCAUAUGUAAAGUUUUAAUUUGUACAGAAGCGACGCCCAUGACUCGUUUGGAUUAAACACACUUUCGGGAGGAAUACGGGUCACCGACGAUCUGGCAUUGCGACACUGCUUGUUGCGCCAAGGCGAAGUGAGUUUUUGCCGUCAUGUAUUUUCUUACCGGCUGGCCCCGGCGGCUGCUUUGUCCGCUGAGGAGCGAAGAGGAGCCCUUCCACAUCCAACCCAGCUCCCAGAGGUUGUACUUCGCCGUCCUGUCAGAGACACAGCUCAGCAUCUGGUUUAGUCGGCCCAGUGUUUUGAUAGUCAGCUAUAUCGAGUCUGCGAAGGCGGCUGCCCAGUUUGGCUCCUACCAGAAGGCAGAAUGGAAACCAGACGACUCCAUGAUCGCUGUGGCGACUGCCAAAGGCUACAUCCUCUUGUUUGAUGUGCUGGGUGGAGGGGAGGACAAAUCCCUCUAUGAACCGGUCUAUCCAAAAGGAAGUCCUCGUGUGAAGGUUACCCCCGGUUACAAGGAGGAGCAAUGUGCCCCCGCUUUGUCUUUAGAGAUGAAGAAGCCGGUGGAUCUGGAGGCCCCUAUAACCAGUCUGCGGUCCCUUCAGGAGGACUUAUUGGUCUGUACCACAGACGGCUAUCUCCACGUGCUGCACUGGGACGGGCUCGGCAGCAACGGACGCAAGUCCAUCUGCCUCACUACAAUCCCCUUCUCGCUAGACCUGCAGUCUGCUCGAGGUGGUCCCUCUCUAGACCUGGAAGAAGUGCAUAUCCGUUGUAUGGAGUAUUGUGUAACCCUGGACGGCUUUGCUGUGGUGCUGAGUGACGGACGGCUGGGCUUUAUCACACCCCUCAGCAACACCAUCACCGCAGAUCUGCAGGGCGUCUGGGCAGCAGAUGUGAAUGAUGGCACCUGUGUGGCUGUCAACAACAAGUACAGACUGAUGGCCUUUGGCUGUGCCGGCGGCUCAGUGCUGGUGUACAUGAUAGACACCACGACAGGAUCCAUGCAGCUCUCCCACAAACUGGAGCUCACCCCAAAACACUACCCAGACAUCUAUAACAAGACGGGCCCAGUCAAGCUGAUCUGCUGGUCACCUGACUACAGCGUUGUCAUGGUUACAUGGGAGUGUGGCGGCUUAUCGCUGUGGAGUGUCUUUGGAGCUCACCUCAUCUGCACUCUGGGAGAGGACUUUGCGUAUCGCUCUGAUGGUACCAAGAAGGACCCUGUUAAAAUCAGCUCUAUGACCUGGGGAGCAGAAGGCUACCACCUAUGGGUGCUCCCUAUCAAACAAGAGCGGAAAAGGCAGGAUGAGCAGAAGCAGCAGCAGCAGGAGGAGGAGGAGGAAGAAGAAGAAGAAGAAGAGGAGGAGGAGAAGGAGAAGGAGGAGAAGGAGGAGAUGGCAACACCUCCUCAACCCUCCCUGCAGGCCGGCAUACUGCAGUUCCAAUUCAUCAAGAGUGCCCUGACAGUCAACCCCUGCACGAGUAACCAAGAGCAGGUGUUGCUCCAUGGUGAAGACCGCCUCUACCUGACCUGUGGCGACCCCUCGCAGGUCCAAAGCACAUCUGACACACAGCCGCACACACACAUGCAUCCACACGAUGGCAGCCCGCUGCACCAUCCCCCCGACCCCGACUCUUCUCUCUCUCAGGGACUCAGCACUUUACUGGGACACAAGCACUGGCACGUGGUCCAGAUUCACAGCACAUACCUAGAGAGCAACUGGCCUAUACGGUUUGCAGCCAUAGACACAGCAGGCCAGUGCAUGGCUGUAGCAGGGAGACGGGGCUUUGCACACUACUCCUUAUUCACAAGGAAAUGGAAGCUGUUUGGAAACAUCACUCAGGAGCAGAACAUGACGGUGACGGGAGGUCUGGCUUGGUGGAAGGACUUUGUGGUGGUUGCCUGUUACAAUUUUAUUGACCAGCAAGAGCAGUUGAGGCUCUAUCAACGCUCAUCUAACCUGGACAAUACCUAUGCAUCUGUCACUAAACUGCACUCGGACACGCUGUUGCUCAACGUCUUCAGAGAUCUGGUCAUCCUGUUCAGAGCGGACUGCUCCAUCUGCCUCUACAGCAUAGAGAGGAGGAACGACAGUCCAUACCCGACAGCCAGCGUGGAGUUGUUGCAGGAGGUGUCAAUGUCUCGCUACAUCCCUCACCCGGCCCUCGUGGUGUCCGUCACACUCACCUCUGUGCGCACAGAGACUGGCAUCACAUUGAAAGCCCCGCAGCAGGCCGGCAUGGCAGAGAGCAUCAUGUUGAAUCUGGCUGGCCAGUUGAUCAUGCUGCAGAGGGACCGUUCAGGACCGCAGGUACGGGAGAAGGAGACGCCUGCUAACAACAAGAAGCUGCUACCAUUUUGUCCCCCGGUGGUGCUGGCCCAAUGUGUGGAGAAUGUGUGGACCACCUGUCGCUCCAACAGGAAAAAGCGCCACCUGCUGGAGGCCUUGUGGUUGUCCUGUGGUGAGGCUGGCAUGAAAGUCUGGCUGCCGCUGUUUCCCCGAGACCAUCGCAAGCCCCACUCCUUCCUCUCCAGGCGCAUCAUGCUGCCUUUCCACAUCAAUAUCUACCCUCUGGCUGUGCUGUUUGAGGAUGCCCUGGUACUGGGAGCAACCAAUGAGACUGUGCUCUAUGAUGGGAUGCAGGGCUCCUCUGAGCCACUCGAAGCGCUGUUCCCCUACUGCACUGUGGAGAGGACCUCCCAAAUCUACCUCCAUCACAUCCUGCGGCAGUUGCUGGUUCGCAACUUGGGUGAACAGGCUUUGAUGCUGGCUCAGUCAUGUGCCUCCCUCCCCUACUUCCCUCAUGUCAUGGAGCUGAUGGUGCACGUCGUGCUGGAAGAAGAGGCCACAUCUCGAGAGCCCAUCCCUGACCCUCUGCUGCCCACUGUGGCUAAGUUCAUCACAGAGUUCCCCCUCUUCCUCCAGACCAUCGUUCACUGUGCCAGGAAGACAGAGUACGCCCUGUGGAACUACCUGUUUGCCGCUGUGGGAAACCCCAAAGAUCUGUUUGAGGAGUGUCUCAUGGCUCAAGACCUGGACACAGCAGCCUCAUAUCUGAUUAUACUGCAGAACAUGGAGGCUCCUGCAGUGAGCAGACAACACGCCACUCUACUCUUCAACACAGCGCUUGAGCAGGGCAAGUGGGACCUUUGCAGGCACAUGAUCCGAUUCCUCAAAGCCAUUGGCUCUGGGGAGAUGGAGUCUCCGCCCCCAACACCCACCACUCAGGAACCCAGCUCAACCGGCGGUUUUGAGUUCUUCAGAAAUCGGAGCAUCAGUUUGUCCCAGUCGGCAGACGCCAUCGCUACGGGCAAGUUCAACUUGCAGAAGACCUUCAGUAUGCCUUCUGGACCCUGCGUUAAGGGGCGGGAGGCGGAGUGUGCAGAGAACAUGUAUAUUGACAUGAUGCUCUGGCGCCAUGCCCGACACCUCCUGGAGCAGGUACGCCUUCGUGACCUCGGUUGCUUCUCUGCACAGCUGGGCUUUGAACUCAUCGGCUGGUUGUGUCGCGAACGAAACCGGGUGGCUCGCGUCGAGGAUUUUGUUUCUGCAUUGAAGAAACUCCAUAAGGAUUUUCUCUGGCCCUUCCCUGUUAUUCCUGGAGGAAGCAUCAGCUCGCCUCUGAAGAACGGACGGUGUCGCACAGUGCUGAGCACUCGGCUGUUGAAGUCCCAGUCAGCUGACAGCCUGUUGAACAGCGACAUGGACACAGCUCCCCCUCAGGCAGCUUCUGCCAACCACACCUGGCUGGAUGGGCUCGGGCAGAGGCCCAAAGACAUGGACACGGCCUCUUCUGCUCAUUCCAGCCAACACUCUCCACAGACACACGAUGCUUUCCUCUCUCUGCUCACCAACAAAGUUGAAGAGUACAGCGUCGGCUCUGCUACAGAUUUGACAGAGACCAGCUCAGUGGUGGAUGGUGAUUGGAUGAUGGUUGAUGAGAACUCCUCCUCUCUGAGCCUGAGCCAGGCCGAGUUGGAGCACAUCUCCAUGGAGCUGGCCAACAAAGGCCCGCACAAGUCACAGGUGCAGCUCAGGUAUCUCCUUCAUGUGUUCAUGGAGGCAGGCUGUCUGGAGUGGUGUGUAGUGAUCGGUUUGAUCCUACGGGACGCCAACGUCAUAAAGCAGGUGCUCGGCUUCCUGGACAGCCCAGAGGUUCCCCAAGACACUGUGCAGAGUGUCAGAAACGGCUUACUGGCUGUCGACACAUGGGUCUCCACUGAUUGCCUCGGAUACAAACCAUUUCUGAACCUGAUCCAGCCACAGCUACAGGAUCUGAUGGAUUCAGCAGCUGAGCAGGUGCAGCCUGAGGCCUUCCAGCCCAGCAGCCAGAGCUCAAAGCUUGGCGGCUCCGAAGGGCUGGGAGGUACUGCGGUACCACGGCCCGAGGACAGUAGGGGAGUGACGGCUCCGCUGGGCCUGGCCCUUCCCUCCCUCGAACCCGCCGGAAAUUUCCCCCGUCCCCCCUCUGAAGAUUGUCCUCCUGAACAGACAGAGGAGCAAGGAGACGAGGAGGGAGCCUACGACUGCACCUUGUCCUGAAGCCUGGAGCUUCCUCUGGACUCAAACCUGUGAACUCAAGGGAAAGAGAGGAGGAAGCAGCAGCAGCAGUUGCUUACUUAAAAUACACUCUAUUUUUUUGUGUGAACC